CACCGCGCAUGUGCAGCUCCGGGAGCCCCUCGGACACAGCGGAUCACUGGUCCACGGAAAGAGCCGAAGAUGUCGGCUCGGUCAUGUGAUCAGCUGUGUCCAAUCACAGCUGAUCACAUGGGAUAUCUACACAGAUCAUCAGACCACUGUGUAGCCCCAGCAGCGCCACCUGUCAGUGUCCAUCAGUGCCAGCUCUGUGCUCAUCCAUGCCACCUGCCAGUGCCCAUCAGUGCCGCAUCAGUGCCAGAUUUCAGUGCCCAUCAGUGCCACAUCAAUGCCACAUAUCAGUGCCUUUCAGUGUCACCCAUCAGUGCUGCCAAUCAGUGCCACCUAUCAGUGCCAGUCAGUGCCGCCUAUCAGUGUGCAUCAGUGCCGCCUAUCAGUGCCUGUCAGUGCUGCCUAUCAGUGCCCACCUAACAGUGCCAGUCAGUGCCCCCUAUUAGUGCCAGUCAGUGCCGCCUAUCAGUGCC